AGAGCGUAAGUGUUGAAUAUGGAGCUCAGCUAUUAUACAUCUUUAUCCGCUCUUUAUCUUCGCAAUCCUGCAGUUUUACACCGAUAUAACAUUAAAUACAUGCUUACAGAGCUUCUGUGUAACGGAUUGCGGGGUUAUGGAGGCGGAUGAAGGAAGAUUUUAGUGAAUUAUUAGCUGUUCUGUUCUGGGUGUCUGUGUGGCUGCGUCGGCUGCCAUGAUAGCGGCUGAUGGCGGAUAGUACCUGCAGAAAUGGUCCGCUACUCGCUCGACCCCGAGAACCCGACUAAGUCAUGCAAGUCGCGGGGCUCCAACCUCCGUGUUCACUUCAAGAACACCCGUGAGACCGCCCAGGCCAUCAAAGGCAUGCACAUCCGCAAGGCCUCCAAGUACCUGAAGGAUGUUGUGGUCCAGCACCAGUGCGUCCCCUUCCGUCGCUACAACGGGGGUGUUGGCCGUUGUGCUCAGGCCAAGCAGCAUAACUGGACCCAGGGACGCUGGCCCAAGAAAAGUGCAGAGUUCCUCCUCCACAUGCUGAAGAACGCUGAGAGCAACGCUGAGCUUAAGGGUUUGGAUGUGGACUCUCUGGUGAUUGAGCACAUCCAGGUAAACAAAGCCCCCAAGAUGCGCAGGCGUACCUACCGUGCUCACGGACGCAUCAACCCUUACAUGAGCUCCCCGUGCCACAUCGAGAUGAUCCUCACUGAGAAAGAACAGAUCGUCCCCAAACCUGAAGAGGAGGUGGCCCAGAAGAAAAAGGUUUCCCAGAAGAAGCUGAAAAAGCAGAAACUUAUGGCUCGGGAGUAAAUGUAAAUAAAUUCCAACGUUCGUAACAAACA